AUGCUAGACUUUCCCAACGGGACUUCCUCCCCUGCCAGUUCCGUCGGUGUAAUGAUGAGUUUCCUCAGCUCGAGUGCAGCCUUUCUCGAUGGGUUGGGUCCAACCCACGGUGGCGGUGGAUUGUUGCUGGGAGCUGGAAAUUCUUCACCUGUCGGUGCGAACCACUCCACCCUGGCCAACUACUCGACGGUGGUUAGUUCCUCGCCCGCGUCAGCUGCCCCUAUGCUAUCGUUGGGCGGGCCCAAUGGUUCGGUGGCACCACUACUCACUACGGCCCUGCUGAACGUCAACGGGUCGGGGUUGGAAUUUUCCGACGCGAACAACCUGACACACUCGUUCACCAACUUCGUGCACAAGGAGUUCAUAUUCGAUCGGACGGACGUGCGAGUCAUAUUCAUCACGCUCUACUCCUUGGUGUUUUGUUGCUGUUUCUUCGGGAACCUGCUCGUGAUUCUAGUGGUGACGCUCUCCCGAAGGUUACGCUCGAUAACGAACUUCUUCCUCGCGAACCUGGCCGUCGCCGACCUGUGCGUGGGUGUGUUCUGUGUGAUGCAGAACCUGACCAUCUACUUGAUCGAAAGCUGGGUGUUUGGUGACUUUCUCUGCAAGAUGUACCAGUUCGUGCAUUCGCUCAGCUACACCGCCUCGAUAUUCAUCCUGGUCGUCAUCUGUAUGGAGCGUUACUUUGCCAUCAUCCAUCCGAUCACGUGCAAGCAGAUCCUGACAUCGCGCCGACUAAGGUUAGUCAUCGUGGCCGUGUGGAUAACGUCCGCCGUCUACUCCAUCCCAAAGUUUAUCUUCGUGCGUACCAUCACGAACAACCUCGGUGAUGACCAGCUGGAAACGAUCUGCAUCGUCAACCGGAAAAUGUUCAACUCCGAGCUGUUCGACAUCAUCAACUUUGCCCUGCUGUACCUGCUACCGCUCCUGGUUAUGACGGUCCUGUACAGCCGAAUAGCGAUAGCACUGUGGAAAAGCUCCCGGGGGUUGGAGCGACACAUUGCGCUGCAAAACACAACCUCAUCGAGCUAUUCGAGCAAUUUCCACCGGAAGCCAAGCAGCAAGUACGACAAGCGAACCACAGGUGUCACCGAAAGCCAGGUUUCGGUCGAGUCGGAUAAGGUAGUGGUGACUACCUGGCCGGCGCAGAACAGCUUCCACCAACGACACGGCACCCAGCUGACACAGGUGUCCCACUCGUCCAACAACGUGCUCCGAGCGCGCCGUGGCGUCAUUCGCAUGCUGAUGGUGGUGGUGCUCACCUUCGCCCUCUGCAAUCUACCGUUCCAUGCAAGGAAAAUGUGGCAAUACUGGUCCACUGACUACAAGGGUGACUCCAACUUUAAUGCGCUCUUCACCCCGCUCACCUUUCUGGUGACCUACUUCAACUCCGGUGUCAAUCCACUCCUGUACGCCUUCCUGAGCCGCAACUUUCGUAAAGGCAUGCGCGAACUGUUGCUGUGUUCCUUGAAGAAGAACAAAAACAAAUCGCUCAAUCAGCGCAUCCCACUGCACAACCAUUCCUUACCGACCGAUUCGACCCAUGUAGGAUUUCCCCAAUGAUGCCACGACCUGAUCGACCGCGGGUGCUGCGGUCGGUGUGUCGGCAGCGGCAGAGGGCAUACCACUAGGGUCAGCCGCCGCCGCCGAGGGCACC